AUGUACACAAAAGAGAGCUGGACGUGUAUUUUUCUUAUUAUUUGCAGUAUGCAGAGCGUGUGUCAUUGCUGUGACUGGAUUCGACACCACUACGGCCUCUUGAGCGCAGAAUACCUUUCCCUGCUGGACCAGAUGGGAGGAGACAUCACAGAGCAGGAGGCCCCUGUCUUUUUCCCCGAAUUACUAUACCGACGCAUAGAUGACGCCAAGUUUGAGGACCAAGUCAGAUUCCGGAACGAGACCAUCUAUCAAAUCACAAAACUGUUUGAUGGGAAUAUGAAGGCUGUCACCUGGGACAAGAAAAAGCUGGACGAUUUCCUCAACAUUCUCGAACGCCAGUUUGAGAACCUUAAAUCCUGUGUAUCACCUGCCGAGAAACCUGAGAGGAGACUGAAACGCUACUUCAAGAAGUUGAAUAGGAAGGUUCUGAGAAAAAUGAACUACAGUGCGCAGGCGUGGGAGCUCAUCAGGAAAGAGACGAAACAUCAUUUGCAAAGAUUGGAUAUUUUUAAGGCAAAGAUGCACUGAUCAUCCGGACUCAUCUCAGAAGCUACGCCCUUAACAGUUUAUAAAGAAUGCAAACAAUCACGUGGGACCCUGUUAGUCUAUUUAUUAUAUUUAAAUGCAUAAUUUAUUGUUUUUUAUUAUUAUAAAUGAAUAUUUAUAUUUUGUAUGUCCCUUUUGUGCCUAUGUUGAACUGAACUGUAUUACCUUU